CAUUUUCUGUUGUUUCCCAAAUAAACACACGUGGUUAUGUAAGCUACAGUAUGCCGAACCCGGGAGAGACAGAGACAAGCUGCACAGGAGACAUGGAGUCCAAACUACUUCCCAUUUAUCAGCACAGAUACGAACUAAUAGAGGCUGUAAAGGAAAACCAGUUCCUGGUUGUAACUGGUGAGACCGGAAGCGGGAAAACCACGCAGUUGCCACAGUUCCUGUAUCAGGCUGGUGUAUGUAAAGAUGGGAAAAUCGGUGUCACACAGCCGAGGCGAGUGGCGGCCAUCACCGUCGCUCAGAGAGUCUCUCAGGAGAUGGCGGUCAGUUUAGGGCACCAGGUUGGUUAUCAGGUGCGCUUUGACGACUGCACCACAAAGGACACUUUGAUUAAGUACAUGACAGAUGGCUGUAUGCUGAGGGAAAUCCUUACAGACCCAAGCCUAUCACAGUACAGUGUUGUGAUCCUCGAUGAGGUUCAUGAGAGGAGCCUCAACACGGAUAUUUUGCUUGGAUUACUAAAAAAGACUCCGUCUCGAGGAGCCCACGGCCGCAAGCUUCCUCUGAAGGUGGUCGUGAUGUCUGCGACUCUGGAAACGAACAAGCUCAGUGGCUUUUUGGGAGAUUGUCCUGUAUUCACAAUUCCGGGAAGAACCUUCCCAGUGAAAGAGCUGUUCUGCAAUUUGAUUGGACCAAAGGAUAAAGACGGUUCUGCAUAUGUGAAAACAGUGGUGAAGGUGGCUUUAGAUGUUCAUACCAACGAAGCGUCUGGUGAUAUACUUGUCUUUCUGACAGGUCAGUCUGAGAUCGAGAAAGCUUGUGACAUGCUGUUUGACAAGGCAGAGUCCAUAGACUACCGUUAUGAUGUAAACGACAGAACAGUCGAAGGUCUUCUUAUCCUGCCUUUAUAUGGAUCCAUGCCAACAGAUCAACAAAGACAGAUAUUUCAGCCUGCUCCUGCAGGUGUGAGGAAGUGUGUGGUGGCGACCAACAUCGCAGCAACAUCGCUCACAGUUAACGGAGUCAGGUAUAUUGUUGAUAGUGGAUUUGUGAAACAGUUGAAUCACAACUCACGAGUUGGCCUGGACAUCCUUGAUGUGGUGCCAAUAUCAAAAAGUGAGGCUCAGCAACGAGCUGGCAGAGCUGGAAGAACGUCACCAGGGAUGUGCUUCAGAAUCUACAAUAAGGAAUUUUGGGAGACUUGCAUGCCUGAAUAUACCGUGCCAGAGAUACAGAGAACUAGUCUCACUUCUGUCAUCCUGACUCUCAAGUGUCUUGGAGUCCAUGAUGUUAUCAGGUUUCCUUACUUAGAUCGUCCUGAGGAGAGGUUUAUCUUGGACGCGUUGAAGAAACUUUACCAGUUUGAUGCAAUUGACAGGAAGGGUAAUGUGACAAGUCUGGGUAGGAUGAUGGUAGAUUUUCCCCUUCCUCCUGGGCUUACGCGGGCACUGCUCAAAUCUGCUGCUCUUGGCUGUGAGGACAUCAUGCUCCCCGUGGCAGCCAUGCUGUCAGUGGAAAACAUCUUUAUUCGACCAGGGCUUCCGGAAAAACAGAAAGAAGCCGAGAUCAUGCACAGUGAGCUAGCUGCCUGCGUAGGUAGCUGUAAUGACUUCCUCAUGCUCCUGUGCAUCUUUGAGAAAUGCAGAGCAAGUGAAAAUCCAUCUACCUGGAGUAAAGAUCAUUGGAUCCAUUGGCGAGCCCUGAAGUCAGCCUUUAGUGUCGAAACUCAACUCCGGGAAAUCCUUCUCCGUCUUAAACAGCAAAAAGAUUUUCCACAGGAGACGUUUAAAGGCAGCAACAGUGAACUUCUGAGGCAGUGUCUCUGCCAAGGUUAUUUUACUAAUGUAGCAAGAAGAUCCGUUGGAAAGGCUUUCUGUACAAUGGAUGGACAUGGCUCUACAGUUCAUAUUCAUCCGUCAUCAUCUCUUUUUGGCCAGGAGGCACAGUUAGAUUGGAUUAUUUUCCAUGAUGUCUUGGUGACAUCACGGGUUUAUGUGAGAACUGUAUGCCCAAUCCGGUAUGACUGGGUGAAAGACCUGCUGCCAAAGCUGCAUGAGAUCGAUGUUUAUGAUCUGAGCAGCGUCGCUCGGGAGGAAGUAACUGAUGAAGAAAUGGCACGUUGGGAAAAGAAAAGAGAAGCAAAAAAACAAAUGGAGGCCAUUGAAGAUGCAUCAAAAAAGCUUGAGAAGAGAAACGAUGAAAGUUCAAUCACAGAGGCCCGUGCUCGGUAUUUACAAAGAAAACAGAAUCGACUACAGACAAAACAUUCCUGAAAUGUGAAAACUGUGAUUUUUUUUUUUUAUUAAAGAAUUUUGAUGUUCUUUUAUCUACCACCAAAAGAUCACUGUGAUAUUCAAAAUGUGUAAUAAAUAAUUGUUUUUUUAAUAACUGUACAUGUUUUAAAUAGUGCUUGUACAUUAUGUAAUGAAAUAUAUAAUAAAAUGACAGGAUCCUUGAUCUGAUCCUAAGCUCA